AUGGGUUCAUCCGAGAUCCCAAAUACACCUUGUUGGUCACUUCUGAUAUAUUUAGUUUAUCGCAUAAAUAUGGACUUCACUAUCGAGUCAUUUAUUGAGAAUCCCACUAAGGAGGCACUGAAUAUAUGUAAGAAGGCAGAACUUAAAACUCCUUAUUUUGGCAUCACAGUGUCAGCGGGGAGCAGAGAAGAUGCCGUUAAACAGACGGCUGUUACUGGUUUGCUGGAGAAACAGAUCCUCGCUAAUGAUCCUGAGGCUAAGGCCAAGGGUACGGAUGAGGAGGACAACUCUGAAGAGGGUGUCAGGGAUUCAGCUGCUCAUGUUGGAUUGACACAAUUAGAGCCGAAGCUCAAAGUAAAGCAAAUUAAGUAUGAACAGAUGAGAAUGAAGUUGACAUUUCAAGAAAAGCAAAGUUGA